AUGCUCUUUGCCGUCCUACAAAUGUUCAUCCUCGUGGCGAUAUCCGCAGCCGCUGCUAGUACGCCGGCCGUGGACUCACAUCCACCUGUGCCUAUGCCUAUCGUUACAGGUGUAAGCUCUGAGAGUUUAGCAGAAGAUGAACGUGCAUAUAAAGAAGGACGUAUGUCAGAAGAAAGAGUUAGAGAAGAAGAAAGAAAGGACCAACUCUACAAGAAGGUUGGCACAGAGAGGGGAGGGUUGACACCUGAAGAUGGACAGGUUUCUAGCGCUACAACACUGGGAGUCGCGUCAUUCGGGGGUCUUGUUGCGGUGGGAGUUGGACUUAAUUUUAUUUAA